ACUACACAUUUGUUUGAAUUACUUUUAUUUUGUUACAUAGUCGUAGCAUUAAAUGGAUAACAAAUGUCGUAUGAUCUUGGGUUCAUACUUCACACAAUUUUACCAAGAACUGCACCUUGACGUUAUGCGGUAAUUCGACAAUCUCGUUAGAUACUUUACAUAUCGAUUAAACCAAUCGGCUACGCAGUCAAAUGCUCUCUUAUCCUCGUGAUGGGGUUUAUUGCUAUCAGAAGCGGACUAAUCGACUUAUGUCAGUUCUAUUUUAUCAGAGUGUGGAAACAAUAGUGCAGAAAAUAAGGUAACCUACUUCAACGUGCGACAUUUUGGUAAUCAACCGAAAUAGUAAACGCUGCGAUGGUCCUUCCCAUAGACUGUAGUGUGGUGUUUACACUGGGCUAGGUAAUUUACUGAACACUUUCAUUGGUUCUUUCUAUAUGCCCAUCAAGCGGCGCCUGAUUCCUUGUGUUAGAAACUGAGACCUAAUGGUCCCAUUCCAAUGAGACGGUCCCAGCAAAACCGCAUUACCCUGUAGACUGCUGUGGUACAGGCCGACACAUUUGCUAUCGUCACACACUGCGUAGCCAAGCUAGCUGUAUCAGUUGUGACUGCUUGAGCUGAUUGUUGCUUUCUGUCAUGUUUCCGUGUCGAUUUCUAUUUCAAACGUAGCCUAGCUGCUUGAAAUAGUCUGACUGUAUGUAACGUUAUCUAUCUGAAAUGUAAUGUUUCGGGUGGAUUUCAGCGGUGAUUUGGGUGCGGCACUGUGUUUGGAGAAGAAGGGGUUUGCGCUGUGACGGUGGACUUUUUUGCCUUUUGUAUUUCCUUGCCUGUUGUGGACAUUUUGGAUUGCUAUUUUAUUUUUGUAGUUUUACGUUGAUUUUAACCGCUUCAAAGGAAUAUAGGGUCACUUUUAUGAAAAUAUAGUACGAUUUUGUCAGCGUCUCCUACUUAGGUCUUGUUUUCUAUAUACAAGAAAACUUUAAACAACAAAUAAGUUGGGGAGGGGAUUGAUGCAGGCGAAAGAAUGCGUUAGCAAGCUAAUCAGUUAGCUUAUUUCUGUGCCGAACCUGAAGCUAGCUGAUGUAGCUAGCCACAUAUCAAAGAACUGAGGCGAGGUAAUCCGUCUGCUCAAAUGACUCCUUGACUGAAGAAUGUCAACCUCUUGUUGAGGAUUUUAACUCAUACCCGGACAUCAAUCAUUGAAUGAGUACGAACGACUGGAACCAAGAUCUAAGAUUCCAGCAAAGACGAGCACCUGUGCCCGUGUGAUCCCUUCACCCCAGCACCGUACCCCUGCAGAGCUGCUCGUAAAUGAGAAGAGGUGCUGGUGGUAGGGUGUGACCAUUCCCCGAUGAUGUCGAGCAAGCGGAGCCUGCUGGUGCGGCUGGUGCCCUGUCGGUGCCUGCGUGGUGAGGAGGAGGCGGUCACCUCGCUGGACUACUCCCACUGCAGCCUGGAGCACGUGCCCAAGGAGAUCUUCAGCUUCGAGAAGACCCUGGAGGAGCUCUACCUCGACGCCAACCAGAUCGAGGAGCUGCCCAAACAACUGUUCAACUGCCAGUUGCUCUAUCUUAGUAUGCCUGAUAAUGACCUGACUGUGUUGCCCGCAGCGAUUGCCAACCUCACCAACCUCAGGGAGCUGGAUGUCAGCAAGAACAGCAUCCAGGAGUUCCCAGAAAACAUCAAGAACUGCAAGGUUCUGGCCAUAGUGGAGGCCAGUGUGAAUCCCAUCUCCAAGCUUCCUGAAGGCUUCACCCAACUCCUCAGCCUCACACAGCUCUACCUGAAUGAUGCUUUCCUAGAGUUCCUUCCAGCCAGCUUUGGCAGGUUAACCAAAUUACAGAUCCUGGAACUACGAGAAAACCAGCUGAAGCUGUUGCCAAAAAGCAUGCAUAAACUCACUCAGCUGGAGAGACUGGACUUGGGCAGCAAUGAGUUCACUGAAGUGCCUGAGGUGCUGGAGCAGCUCACAGGGAUCCAGGAACUUUGGAUAGAUGGGAACAGACUGACAUUUUUACCAGGGAUGAUUGGUACCCUGAAGCAACUAGCCUACCUGGACGUGUCCAAGAACAACAUUGAGAUGGUGGACGAGCAGAUCUCGGGCUGCGACAACCUGCAGGAUCUGCUGCUAUCCAACAACGCCCUCACGCAACUGCCUGGAUCUAUAGGCUCCCUGAAGAAGCUGACAACCCUGAAGGUGGAUGAGAACCAGCUCAUGUACCUCCCAGACUCCGUAGGGGGGCUGGCUAACUUGGAGGAGUUGGAUUGCAGUUUUAAUGAGAUUGAGGCUUUGCCCGGCGCGAUCGGACAGUGUGUGAACCUGCGCACCUUCGCCGCUGACCACAAUUUCCUGUCCCAGCUGCCCCCAGAGAUGGGCAACUGGAAGAAGGUCACAGUGCUCUUCCUGCACUCCAACAAGCUAGAGCACCUGCCUGAGGAGAUGGGUGACAUGCACAGACUCAAGGUUAUCAACCUCAGUGACAACAAGCUGAAGAACCUGCCCUUCACUUUCACGAAGCUAAGCCUGAUGACCGCUAUGUGGCUGUCUGAGAAUCAGUCCAAGGCGCUGAUCCCGCUGCAGAAAGAGGAGGACCCCGAGACGCAGAAGACGGUUCUGACCAACUACAUGUUCCCCCAGCAGCCUAGAGCAGAGGAAUAUGUGCCUAACUCAGACAGCGAGAGCUUCAACCCAACCCUGUGGGAGGAGCAGAGGAAGCAGCGCGCUCAAGUGGCCUUCGAGUGUGACGAGGACAAGGACGAGAGGGAGACACCUCCACGGGAGGGUAAUCUGAAGCGCUACCCAACGCCAUACCCUGACGAGCUGAAGAACAUGGUGAAGACUGCCCAGUCUGUGGCCCACCGUCUGAAGGAGGAGGAGUCGGGGGAGGAGGGCCGUCCAGCUGGGGUCAACCACGUGGGCCUGCAGGACGUGGGGGUUAAGGUGAUCGAGGGGCCGUGUCCCAAUGGCAAGGCGGUGGAGAUGGAAGCCUCAGCGGUGAGCGAGACCCCCAGGGAGAUGACGGACAUUCAGGGCACCCCCAGAACCCCCAUGAACCCUGGAGAUGCCCCCCGAGCCACAAUCAACCAUGAGGACACGCUGGAGGACUCCGAGGACCUGUCGUCAGAGGAGGAGGAGAUGAAGAUAGCCGAGAUGCGGCCGCCUCUCAUCGAGAUCUCCAUCAACCAGCCCAAAGUCCUGGCUCUCAGCAAGGACAAGAAAGACGACGGUAAGGAUGCUGAUUCGCUCCUCGAUGACACGGUUGCCAACAGCAACCAGAACAACAGCAACUGCUCAUCUCCCUCGCGCAUGUCUGACUCAGUCUCCCUGACGACCGACAGCAGCCAGGACAACUCCCUCUGCACCCCGGAGAAGGAAGCCAAGAUGCACCUGUUGCCUAAGAACAGGCCAGAGGAUGAGAACCUGAACACGCUGCAGAAAGGCGGCUCGGUUCUGCAGAACUACAAUGGUUCCGACACGGCGCUGCACACUCUGCUGAAGAACCAGCAUGGCUACCCGCCACAGGCCCACGACAUGGCCGGCUACGAUCUGACCAUGGAGGAGAAGCUGGCCCUCAUCGACAAGAGCAUGAACAACGGCGUGCCCCAGGCCUACAACAGGUGGGACCAGAUCAACAUGAACGUGGCCAAGAUGGCCCCCGACAACAACACCCCCGCGCCACUGACCCUGUCGCGGAACAACAACGCCUCCCUGGAGAACCUGGAGAACGGGAACCAGCUGUCCAAGACGCCGUCCAGCGAGCGGCUGACGGAGCGGUCGUCGCCGCCGCGAUACGAGAGCGUGGCGAGCACGGCGUGCGCGGGCGUGACGGCCAGCGAGCAGCACGGCCUCUCCUACAGCACCGAGGAGCUGUCGCCCGAGCGCCGCUGCGGCGGACCCCCGCAGCCGCCCGUCACCAAGUCGCACAGCGUGGCCAACAUGGACGCGGGCGGCAUGCGCCUCUACCCGGUGGAGGCGGACGGCGGGAUGAUGAUGUACGAGGCGGCGGCCAGCCGGCAGGUGCCCGCAGGGGCGGGGGCGCAGGGCCAGAGCAUCGUCCGCUCCAAGUCGGCGUCGCUGCUGAGCGCCCAGCCCCUGCAGGUGCACCCCGGCUCCUCGGCCUCGUCCUCCGACCUGCUGUCGGCCGCCACGCACAAGCCGCCCGUCUCCGCCCGGCCCCCGCCGCCCCAGUACAAGGUCCAGUACGCCAGCAGCGCCAUGCCCAAGGAGAGCUGGUCCCCGCGCACGCCCGUGCCCCCCGACCAGGCCUACAUGCCCCCACAGCACUCGCUGGCCAACACCAACUACUCCAACCGCAACCAGGCGCCGCCGUAUCCCAUGCCCCCACCCCAGCAGCACCACCAGCAGCAGCAGCAGAUGUGGGCCAAGCAGACCCCGGCUGCUGCCCCAGCGAGCGGCGUCCAGCGGCAGACCAGCAGCUCCUCGGCCGCGUCCGUGACCAUGGGGGAGCCGCGGCGCGUGGCCGUGCCUGAGGGCGACUACCUGAGCUACCGCGACCUGCAGGCCGGCCCCCGCGGGCCCCUGGCCGCCGCCAGCCUCGCCGGGCAGCAGCGUCCGCUCUCGGCCCGCACCUACAGCAUGGACGGCACCCACGGGAUGCCGCGCCCACACAGCGCCCGGCCCGCACCCCACGAGCUGCCCGAGAGGACCAUGUCGGUCAGUGACUUCGGCUACGCCCAGGGCAGCCCUGGCAAGAGGCCCGGUCCGCGGGUGAAGUCCGAGCACUCGCUGCUGGACGGGCCGGCUGGGAUGGCCGCUGGAGGGGGCAGGGUGCCUGCCGACUGGAGAAACCACGUGAUGCGCCACAUCGAGGCAAAGAAGAUGGAAAAGGACGAGAUCCUCUGGGCUCCAGGGCCCCCAGCAUACCCCUCCGACCCACAGAGAAAAGUGCCUUUGAUGAACGGGCGGCCCCAGAUGUCGUGUGGUCAGCCCGGCAUGGCGCGCCACCCCUCACGGGAACAGCUGAUCGACUACCUGAUGAUGAAGGUUUCCCAGCAUCCGCAGGCGCCACCACACGCCCCACACGAGAUCCUACAGGAGAUCCGUGUGAAGAUGGAGAAGAACCCUGAGCUGGGCUUCAGCAUAUCAGGAGGAGUAGGAGGACGAGGAAACCCCUUCAGACCAGAUGAUAAUGGCAUCUUUGUGACACGAGUUCAGCCAGAAGGCCCUGCAUCUCAACUUCUACAGCCUGGAGACAAAAUCAUCCAGGCCAACGGUUAUAGCUUCAUCAACAUCGACCACAGCUAUGCUGUGUCCCUGCUGAAGACCUUCCCCAGCACUGUGGACCUGAUUAUCAUCCGUGAGAUGUCCGCAUAGACCCGCGCACCCCACGGAGAUCAACAGAGAGACAGAGAGAGGGGGACCAGGCGAACCAAACCUGAAUGUCAACGUUGUUUUUAAAAGAGACAGCUGUCCAGACACUGGCCGCGGGUGCUGGACAAGAGGGAGGGAGUUUUAAACCACUGGACUGCGUGCGGACAGUCGCAUGGGAGAGUGGAGCAUGUUUUUCAUUUUGAUCUUAUUUUUUUUGGAUAAACCCCUAAUAGAUACCUUCACUGUGGAAUUGCUGUCGGCUUGUGUAGUCGGCAGCAGAGCAACUGUACAGAGACACUCUCUUGAGUUAUUAUUUUUUUGUUAUGAUGAUUCACCCUCAGCACUGACUGCAGAUCACCAACAGUGGGCAGGCUUUCCCUCUGCUUCCAUCCACAUACCUUUGUCACAAGCUUGACUUGAAUUUAAGGAGCGGAGGGAGGGCUUCAGUCGGGUUUGGUGGAGCGGUGUGUGAGAACGAGAGAGCGUUGGAAUACUCGCAUGUGUUUACGGAGGACAGGCACGUCGAUCUGAAGGAACCCCGCUGGACAACUUGACCCACAGCAAGGAAGUUGGGAAUUGGCCAGAGCGGAGGGGGACGCUGCCAGGGUCUCCUUCCCUCCUGUCCGACCCCGACGGCUUACUUGCUUUCCCUCAGUCUCGCCUCAGCUGUGCUGUCCUUUUCCCUCACCCUGAUCCGCUUCUGUUCCCACCACCUGGAGAUACAGCAUGGGAGACUUCAAGAGUACGCAAUAAGAGAUUGUCGUGGAUGGGGAUUUUAUUUUCUUCCUCUUUCUUCCAUUUGGUUUGUGGAGUUGCUUUCUGUCUGCUGGGCCCUACCUGCCUGGUCACAGCGCUGGGAGGAGCGCGAGGAGGAGCACGAGGAGGAGAACGUGGAGGAGAAAUGUUAGAAGAAAAAGGGAGCGGAGGAGGAGGAGAGGCGUGAGGGAGAAAAAACCAAAGUCUGUCAAAAGUCUGGAGCCUGAUGAAAGGAGGCAACCACCAUUUCUGGAAUUAUCUUGGAUGCAUUGGGUAUCCUGUGUGUGUGUGUGUGUGUGUGUGUGUGUGUGUGGCUGGGGGUGCUCUAAAUGGUCUUAUGCCAUCUCAUGGGGUCCUAAAGGGCUUCCCCUCUCAAAACUCACUUCUGUAUGUCUUUAUGUGAGAGUGAUGGACAAAGGAACAUCGCAUACAUACACACGCACACACGUGUGAUCUGCCUUGCCGCUAAACUUGGUCCAGACUGACAGGACACCCCUGUCCUCUCCUUCGCUGACUUGCUUCCUGUGACUUUUACUGUUGGUUAGACAAGUGCCAAGACCCCUGAGCUCACCCAGGGAGGAAGAGGAGGAGGCAUGAGCCCUUCAUCACCUGAGCAAUACUCACUCACCUGCAGAACGCACAGCACAACGGGCUAGAACAGCAAUAGAGCAAGAGCUUUUAUUUUUUUCCUGCAACAAAAGAGAUGUCUGUUAGCAUUUUUACAUACAUACAAACAAAAUACAAGACAAAAACAAAUAACAAACUUUUAGGAGAUAUCAGUUGUGAUACAGCAUUUUUUUAUGGCUACAUUUUAUAAGACUUUGCAGGAAUUAACUUUCUGCUUUUUUUUAAUGGCAAAGACAUUUGAGUGGACUGCAUAAAGCUCCUUUGCCUUUCCCCACAACCUGCCCUGUAUCACAGAAGCCUCCCUGAGGAGCGAGCGGAGUCAUUCAUGUCCAUCGCUACACACACACACACACACACACACACACACACACACACACACACACACACACACACACCCGAGCUGAACUGGUGAAACACUGAGAGGCAAUCUGCCUGCGAAGCUGAGCCGGGCUGUUGGAGGCUCACAGGUGGCUGUGGAGAGGCCACAGUAACGUGAAGACUUCUGUGGUGUGUGGCGUGUGAUCUGAACUCCACUCAACUGACUGCAUGAAGAAACCAUGGGAUUGUAUUUUUGUACUGUUAUUUUUUGUUUUCUUUUUACUGCCUGUUUCCAGAGCAGGCCACACAAAUCCUUAGAAAAGAUCAAAUUCACAAAUGUUGAAACCAUCAGAUGAUUAUAACUUUUAUUUUGUAUGCAAGAAGCACUGUUGAUUUUAUAAUGAGUGUACAUUUGUAAUGGCAUCGUGUUUGAGUAUGGUAAAGAAUGUUUUGAAAUUUUAUGUUCACAUAAUGGCAUCACAGAACUGUCUGUUUUCUGUAUGUUGUGAGUUUGUGUGUCUAUGUUCUGCAGAUGCAGAAUCUCUCACACAUACACCCACACACAUCACAACAGGCCUACAUUCAGCGAGCAUUUUCACUCGAGAUGGGUGGGGUAUACUGUUCCCAUGACGUGAUGAUGUACCGUGGGCUGUCACUCUGCUGGACGGUUCUCAUAUCAUGGUUCUCGGUUCUCAUAUC